GAGGAAUGAACCAUAUAAAUCUAGUCCAACUUCACACACCUGUGUCGUCAAGACUAGCGAAACAUGUCAGGUAAAAUAGACACGUCGACGUUGCUCUUCGACGUCCCGCCGGUGCUGAUGGGGUCUUUCUGUAGACUGAUUGACAGCGGGGUCGACGGUCUGGGAUGGAGAGCUGUAGGUAAAAAAACAAAACGCACAUCUUUUGCUGUGAAAGUUUUUCAACAGGAAAACAAAGCUAAUUGGAAGGCGUUGUGGGGAAAAUUCACCAAAGAAAUUGAAGUUCUACAACUCUACCAGCAUCCUAAUAUCUUGGAGUUAUGGGGCAGCUUUUCAGAGGCAGAUCGCUUCUGUUUAGUUUAUCCGUACCUUCAUAACGGAUCAUUGUUCCACAGGCUUCAUGAGGAAGUUCAGAGUUCUCUAUCAUGGCAGGAAAGGCUGAACAUCAUCAAAGGCACCGCAAAGGCAAUCCACCAUCUACACACUGCACAACCGUGCGUGGUUAUUUGUGGAAACAUUACGAGUUCAAACAUACUCUUGGAUGAGCACCUGCAGCCCAAAUUAUCAGAUUUUGGAUUAGCUCAUCUCAGACCGCACUCUGUCGAUCAGAGCUGCACUAUCGUCAUGGAUACAGCCUCCCAUAGCAACCUUGGCUAUCUCCCAGAGGAGUACAUCCGCGAUGGCAAGCUAUCAAUCAAACUUGACGUUUAUAGCCUUGGGAUGGUUAUAUUAGAGACCUGUACAGGACAAAAGGUGAAACAGGAGUCAGCAAAAAAUCUGUUUUUGAGAGACGUACUGCAUUCAGAGUUUGAGGAAAAAAGCUCUGUGGAUGCCUGUCUGCGGUUUUUAGAUCCCAAAGUUGAGCACUGGCCUACUGCGGUGGCACUUUGUCUGCUCCGAAUCGGACUAGAGUGCACAGGCAGCAAAAUGCGAGUCAGGCCGAGCAUGGAAAUGGUGCUUCAGAGACUAAACCAACUUCUUCCCAUGCCUGCACUGCCUGAGGACCAGCCGCACACUCUAGAUGAUACGAUCCCUCUUCAGCGGCCAUAUAAUGGCCUUAGUCAGCGUCUAAGCUUUCCCAUUGAAUUUGAUGAAAUGUACAGCCCACUGGAGGAACCGCUACCUCCCAGAGUUCCCAAUCUGGCAGAGCCCUGCGAGUGCAGCCAGUCUGAGGUCACUUUCUUGAGUGUUGGAGAUCCCAACUUGUCGCAUUCCCUCAGGGAAUGUCUUCAGGAAAAUGACAGAGUGGUUUCAGCAUCACAAAGUCUGCAGUCAGACUCUGCAGCUUGCCUGGACUUAUAUGGGAGCUGGCCUGUGGAGUGCAGCUGUAGCACUGGAACCGAAGUGCUGGGAUGUGAGGACUGCUGUGCGAAUGGCUUCAGUCAGUCUGUUUUAUAUGUAACUCUAGACGAUGAUGCCCAGCCCUCUCAGAAUAGCAUCACGAAUCCAGCAAAAGAGAAAAUAAAGAAUAAAAUUAAUCUGUACAACCAGGGGUUAAUAAAAACUGAAGAACUUCUUUCGCUUAAAUCAGAGUGAAUCAGCAAGGUUGGACAUCUCGAUAAAAAAAAUCAGCAGUGGGUAGUGUUGAUGCUCAUUUUGUAUAAAUGUUUGUUUUUU